AUGCAUCGUCGUGGCCACCGAAAAAGCAGGAACGGGUGCGUGGAGUGUAAACGACGGCAUGUCAAGUGCGAUGAAACUCACCCAACAUGCAUUCAAUGCAACACAGCGCAGCUUCGCUGUAUGUAUGCUUCUGGGUGGAACUCUGGCCCUCCACAGUCUUCUGCUUCGCCACGAGCGUCUUCACAAAAUGGCUCAUCGAUCACCUCCACCGUUGAGCCUCGCUCUCCAAACAACAUACAACCCCGAAUACCAGACCCACCGAUUUUAAACGCCCAUUUUUCAGUAACAGGGAGUGCAGACGACCAUUUCACAGUCAAUCUGCUUCAUCUCCAACUAUUCAAUCAUUUUACGACCGAAACCGCCAACACCAUCAUGCUCGAUCCUCGAGACUCUCAGAAGUCAAUGGAUGUGACUAUGAAAGCAGCUUUAUCAGCGCCCUACCUCAUGCAAGAAAUUCUGGCACUUUCAGCUCUACAUUUGAGCGUUCUUUACCCUGCCCAGCGAGAGUUCUACCACCACCAAGCAUCGGCUCUGCAAACAAGAGCACUCACGAUCUUCAACAACUCGCACCUCGAUGUCAACGCCGAAAACUGUAUACCCAUCGCCAUAUUCUCCUCGCUCCUAGCAAUGCACUCCCUGUGCGACGUUGUCAGCGGCCCAAAUGAUGAUUUCAGUAAUUUCCUGAACAGUUUCAUCCACUGCCUGGAUUUGCACCGCGGAAUUCGUGCUAUUGCGAGUCACUCGUGGCGCAUCCUUCGACAGUCGGAACUUCAGCACGUUGUUGAAGCUGGAGAAGCGUUGAAUCGAACAGAUAAUCUAGUUGGCAAGGAGUGCGAUGAGCUUCGAGCUCUGCUCGGUUCAGCGGAUAUUGGCCAUGCAUCGAUGACAGCAUGCGAAACAGCCAUCGACCAUUUGCAGCGGACUUUUGAUAUGGAGCGGCUGUCGGAUGGUAGGGACAAUACGUUCGCAAUUUGGCCGGUUUUGGUACCGACAGAGUACAUGGAUCUGGUUAUAAAGCGCAGUCCGGAAGCCCUUGUUGUCCUUGCUCAUUUUGCGGUGGUAUUGCACAGUCAUCGUAGGGAGUGGUUUAUUAGGGAAGGCGGCGGGUACUUGAUCAGUUCUAUCUCACGGCAUCUUGGGUCGUACUGGGAUAAUUGGAUGGCAUGGCCGAAUUCUGUUCUUGGAUCUUCGAAUCCGUCUCAACUACCUCGCAGUCUACCUCAAAGUCCCCUACCUGCUGGAUAG